UUUUUUUGUUUUUCUUCAUCUUUUUCAGUUAAUUUAAUUAAAAAAUGCAACACAAAAGGAUCGGAUUUUCAUCAUUCCCCGUCCAAAUACCUUCUUCUCUUCCAUCAUUCCCCAUUCCUCCUCCCCCACUACUUCCAACUUCAUCACUUUCUCUUCCAAAUUCUUCACUUUCUCUUCCUUCUCUUCUACCUCCUCCAAAAAAGAAAGAAGCUUCAAAAAGACGAAGAAGAUCGUCCUUUUCUUGUGAUGGAACGAAAAAAUUAAUUCCUUUUACAGAGGUAGAAUGGAAGUAUGUUCAACGAAAGUUUAUGAAUGAAGAUCAGCACACUUUGAGGGAGUUGACAAAUAUUAUGAAUAUGUGGUUGGAUAGAAUGUGGCAUGAUACUCCCGUUUUUAUUAGUAUUUCUGAAUUAGUCCUCAGAGCUCUUGUGCUAGAUCAAAAACGUCAUGGUGCUAAAGGAAGUGGAUUGGAUAAUGCGGAUGUUGGAUUAAUUCUUUGUUCGGUUAUUAUAAGAUUUGUAAAUUAUGUAAACGAAGUUUGUCAACCAGUAUUACAUAAAAUUAGCAUAAGAAAUGCAGUUGGAAAGAUGGAUAUUCCAAAUUGGAUUGUUAACCUUAGACACCAGGCGACUCACGGGCAAAUCCCUCCAAUGAGUAUGUUGAAAGAGGCUAUUAAAUUUUGUCGAAAAUGGCUUUGGUUCCAACAUUGGUCAAAGCCUCUCACAGAUGCAAUUAAACAAACUUUGCCUGGAGAGUAUGAAGAACAGAUUCAACUAUUGCAGUCUCAUUUAAAUAAUCGCAUGUGCAACGCCCUUCAACGUUUUCGUGAAUGGAGGCGUUUGAACCCAACUUUAACAGAAUUUCCUUCAGCCAAUUCCAAUUCCCCCUCAACCUCCACUUCCACCUCUCCCAGUAAUGUAUCAAUUCGAAAUUCGUUUGAAAGUUUGUUAGAUUCACAUGAAGAAAGUUUUAUUCCCUUUUUUGCCCUCACUUGUUUGGCUCAAAAUUCAGCAGAUGAUGACAAAAGUUCAAUUAGUAGCGAAUUGGCUGAGUCUGAGGAUGAUAUUUUUGUAGCAGAUAGUAUGGACGAGGGGGAAUUUUUGCAGGGAAAUUUGUUUUCCCAACAGAAACAUAUUGGGAUAAUUUCUGCUGAAGAACAAUGUUGUUAUAGGUAA